AUGCGUUCAAUUUCCAGAGCCGCUCUGCGGCCGUAUGUUUGCCAUUCAUGUCGCAAUGGAAUCGGAGCCGGUCGACGUCGAUUCGGGACCAAUUCGAGCCAAACACCCGAGAUCUACGACGUGGUCUGCGUUGGUGGUGGCCCGGCGGGCCUAGGACUUCUGGCGGCGCUUCGAGCUUCCCCCGUCACCUCAAAGUUGAAAGUCGCCCUCGUCGAAAGCCAAGAUCUCCGCAAGGCCCGCAGCUGGAACCUCGAUUCAACCCAGUUCUCCAAUCGAGUUAGCAGUUUGACACCCUCGACCGUUGAGUUCUUGCGCAAGAUUAAAGCAUGGGAACAUCUCGAUGUCGACCGAGUACAGCAAUACCAGGACAUGCAAGUGUGGGAUGGGGAGACGGGCUCACGCAUAUCGUUUGACUGGUCGACGGAAACAUCACCAUUCGAAGAAAUGCGCACCGUCGCUACGAUGACAGAAAACGCCAAUCUCGUACGCGGUCUACUAUCGCGCAUUGAGGCUUCAGGCGACGAAAACCUUACUCUCUUUUCCAACACUACGGUUGCCUCAAUUGAGAAUGGAUCCGAUCUUCAAAGCGAAGGGCCUGACCUAUCCGCCUGGCCCAUAAUAUCCGUUGCGCCCACUGCACCAGGCGCCCAAGCGCAGUCCCCAACUCGAAUUGCUGCGAGACUGCUAGUUGGAGCCGAUGGAAUCAACAGCCCUGUCCGGUCAUUCGCAGAUAUUAGUACACAAGGAUGGGAUUAUAACCGACACGGCAUCGUCGCAACUCUUGCCCUCGGCAACCCAGACAAGCCAUCUUUCCCAGCCAAUAUGCGCACAGCCUACCAGCGCUUCCUGCCUGCUCUUGGUGGCCCUAUCGCUCUCCUUCCCCUGCCAAACAACCACGCUACCCUCGUCUGGUCAACGACACCUGAGAAUGCGGCCUACCUCAAAUCCCUCUCAACCCCCGCUUUCCUGGCGAUGGUCAACGCCGCCUUCCGCCUCUCCAUGACCGACCUCACUUACAUGGUGGGCAUGGAGCGAUCCUCAGAUCAAUUCUCCCACGAAGACGAGCUCAUCUGGCGUCUCCAGCACACCCCUAAUCAAUCACAAAUCCCACCCUCCGCCAUCGGCGUCCAAGAAGGAACCGUCGCCUCAUUCCCCCUUCGUUUCCGCCACGCCUCGCAAUAUAUCUCGCCGCGCGUUGCGCUGGUCGGAGACGCUGCACACGUCAUCCACCCGCUCGCAGGCCAAGGUCUGAACCUCGGCAUGGCAGACGUAGCUGCUCUUUCACGGACGAUCGAGUAUGCCGUUUCGCACGGUAUGGAUAUCGGCGAUCUUCUCACUCUUGAGCGUUACUCUUCCGAGCGAUACCUGCCUAAUGCUAAGAUCGGCGGCGCUUGUGAUUUGCUGCACAAGAUGUAUACUAUUCCCGGCCGGGGACCUAUCACCUGGGCGCGCAGCCUGGGCUUGGAUGUGAUCGAUCGAUUGCCUUUCGUCAAGUCUUUCCUGAUGAAGAAUGCGGAGGGUUACUAG